GGUUGCUAAGAAGAGACAAAAAGUUUGUCAUGUGAAGAGAGGGGCUGGAAGGAGAGAAGACGUGUUGAAAAAGGAGAAAGACACCUACAGAUUCACAAAAGAGAAACCUUUCACUGAAGGAGUGUCAGAGAGGUAGAUAGAUAGCGAGAGAGAGCGAGAGAGAGAGAGAGAGAGCGAGAGUGACUGAGAAACCUCCACAACAUAUUGACUGGAAGAGCGAUCACUCAGAUGGAACUGCCCCCACGCCCAGAGUUGUUUGAUUUCCAUGGCGUGUCCAUGAUUCAUUACUUCACUGACAACUGGGACAAUGUGCAGAACUUCCAGGCAAGACCUGAUGACAUUCUCAUUGCAACAUAUCCCAAAGCAGGUACCACCUGGGUGUCUCACAUGUUGGAUCUAAUGUACUUUGGGAAGUCGUCCCCCGAGCGUGCGGCCUCUGUGCCUAUCUAUGAGAGAGUCCCGUUUCUGGAGGUCUGCAUCCAGGGAAUGCCCACAGGCGUGGAAUUGGCAGACAAGACGACCUUGUCUCCCCGCCUUAUUAAAACCCACUUUCCAGUUCAAUUUGUGCCCAAGUCCUUUUGGGAACAAAAUUGCAGGAUCAUCUAUGUGGCCCGUAAUGCCAAGGACAAUGUUGUGUCCUAUUUUCACUUUGACCGCAUGAACAAGGUAGAGCCAGAGCCUGGAGACUGGCCCAGUUUUCUGCAAAGGUUCCAGGAGGGAAAGAUGGUUUUUGGCUCUUGGUAUGACCAUGUGAAAGGCUGGUGGGAAAAAAAGAAAUCUAACCCCAAAAUCCUCUAUCUAUUCUACGAAGAUCUAGCAGAGGACAUGGGCCGUGAGUUGGACCGUGUAUGCAAUUUCCUGGGUGUUUCCUUGAAUGAGGAGGAGAGAGGUUGGGUGAAACAAGGUGUGGGCUUUGAUGCCAUGAAGAACAACAGCAUGGCUAACUACUCUACCAUCGGUGUCAUGGACUUCAAAAUCUCUCCAUUCAUGCGGAAAGGGAAGGUUGGUGACUGGAAGAACCACUUCACGGUGUCUCAGAAUGAACAGUUUGAUGAACAGUACAAACUGAAGAUGGCAGAUACUACUCUCUGCUUCCACACAGAGAUCUAAGCUGUAGUCCAUCUGCUUUGAACAGGCUCCAGCUCUGGUUCCACUCCUGUUUAACCUGAAAAUGAGGGUUAACUGCAGAUGGAAGCAUAGAGCCCUGUGAAACAAUGUAGUGACAGAAAUGCUGAAGGUUUUUCUUAAGAUUGAGAUAUUGGUGCUUUUUUGUAAUCAACACUAACAUAAAUUCUAUAGUAUGUCAAUACUGUACUAGAAAUAGAGAUAAGUCGCACAUGUUUAACAGUCAAUUAUCUAGAGGGCCCAUACUAGGCCUGGAGUAGCAACACUCGGCCAAAAGACAGAAACAAAACCUGGUGAACAGGAUGGUGCAAAUAGCCUGUUUUAGCCUGUUUAUUUUUUUCAUUUAAUGUACCAGUGUAUGUACAUUUACAAUUAUUAAAACUUGUGAUAUUGCCAUUGCCAUAAUUUAUCA